AUGGCGGCGAAAAAAGUUGCUAUCAUCGGGGGUGGACCCUCGGGCUUAACCACACUCAAGGAAUGUUUGGACAAUGGCCUGGAUGCUGUUGUAUUCGAAGGACGCAAUGGAAUCGGAGGGCAGUGGCGCUAUGAAGACCCGGACCCGGAAACGGACGAUGCGGUAUCCUCCAUCUAUGAAGGAGUGAUUCUAAACUCUGCCCGUGAUACAUCGUGUUUCAGCGAUUUCCCCAUUGAUCCUGCGCAAUAUCCGACAUAUUUCAGCCAUCGCAGGAUGCUAAAUUACCUAGAGGACUACGCCAGCCACUUUGGACUGGGGAAGUACAUACAAUUGAAUACCAAAGUGCUCUCCUGUAACCAACUCCCAGACGGGAGGUGGACGGUGGUGCAUGAGAAAAAGGGCGCGGAUCAAAUAACAUCGGAAUAUGACGCCAUCUUCGCUUGUACUGGACAUAAUUCUUACCCCUCAACGCCUGAUUUUGAAGGCAUGAGUUCCUUCCAAGGGGAAAUUCUUCAUAGUCAUGUGUACCGGAGACCGGCCAGAUUUGAGGGGAAAAAGGUUGCCCUCAUUGGUUUCGGCUCCUCAGCUGUGGAUUUGGCGUGCGAACUGGUUCCAGCAGCAAAGGAGGUGCACAUGGUUACGAGGAGAGGCGGGUGGAUUAUACCACGCUAUGUACUCGGUCAGCCAGUCGAGUCAUAUGACAAUCGAAUUGCUGAGACACUUCUACCUGAUAGUCUUUCACAAUGGGUCCAAACAAAGAUAAUGGACUUUGCCAUCGGCAAGCAUCCAGAGGUGAUUAAACCGGACCACAAAAUACUGCAGGCGAACGUGACUGUGCAUAGCAAUCUGAUUGAGUUCAUUAACGUUGGAAAAGUCAAAGUCCAUCGCGCGGGUGUGAAACAGUUUACCGAAACUUCUCUCGUUCUCACCAAUGGUACAGAGCUAGAUGUUGAUGUAGUAAUUUGCUGCACUGGUUACCAUAAGGAUAUGCCCUACCUACCGAAGGAAACCUACCAUGUGAAGGACAAUCCAAUUUUGAAAUCCCCAAACACGCUUGACCUGUAUAAAUUGGUCGUUUCUCCUCGGUUCCCUAAUCUCUUCUUUAUCGGCUACGUCGAAUUACCUGGGCCUCUCUUUCCCGUUGCCGAAUCCCAGGCAAGGUGGGCAUCGGGUAUAGUGACAGGCAAAGUGAAACUGCCGUCAGCCGAUGAGAUGACUCAGCAGGUGAAAGAGUACCAGGCGAAUUUAGCUAAAACAAUGGUGGUUUCCGACCGUCAUACAGCAAGCGUCCAUUUCCUUCCCUACUGCGACUCUCUCCUUGCCGAUCUCGACGCGAACCCCACGUUUGCCCGCCUUUUACAUAGACUUGUCACCUCGAAUCCAUUCCGUGCCUUCGCAGUGCUGAAAGCAGUGUAUUUCGGCAUCAACUCUCCCGCACAAUAUCGAUUAUUCGGACAUGGGCGGAAGCCAGAGCUAGCUGCUGCUUCCUUGACGAGGUUGGCGGCUGGGACAGGGAUAAGCGAGAAGGAAAAGGCGCUUAUGGACGACGAUGCCAAAUCCUAA